GUUGAACAAAGCCGAGGAGAAGUCAGUAGAAGCUGACCUUGCUGCCUGGGAAGCGCGCCAGUCUCCGGACACGAGUCCGGAAGAGCUGGCACUGAAGCGCUCUGAGGAGAGAAAGCGCCUAGUGCGCGUGAUCCAAGAAGCGAAGCACAAAGCUUCCUUGGAGAAACAAAGUGGUGUUGCAGCCAAAACAAAACUUUCGGCCAAGACUACGCGUUCGGGGAUGACAAUUCCUGAUGCUGCAGACAGUUCACCGCCCUGCAAUGGCGAAUACUAUGAGGCCCUGAAGCAAGACCUGGCAGUGAUUGAAAAGGCCCUGGGAUCCAAGCUGAAGGAGAUGAUGCCUACUCCCAUCGACGUGUACCAGCUCGAAAAGGCCAAAAUAGCCCUGGAAGCCCAUGGCACGUACAUUUGCAGUUGCAAUCUGUACUGGCUGGACAGCUGGAAGACUCCUGCGCCAGGAGUGCCACUUAGCCGCGCUCGCCUCCAGCAACUGGCGGACUUCUACUUCCCUGCCGAGCGCCAGAACAACUUUUUCCAGAAGUUGUUGGAGGUUCAAGUGGACCAGUCGGCCCUGAGUGACAAACCGACUGGUCUUGUGGUGAUUUCGCCCCUGGAAAUCGUCCACUCCAUUUUCCUGAAGGCAGCUGAAGAGUUGGGUCAGGCAGGUGUCACAGCUGCCCGCAAAGAAGCCUGGGCCGAAGCCUUGACAGCCGUCCCUGUUGUCAUGGUGGAAGUGCCGGAAAGCGAUGUCUGGGUCCAUGCGCUGAACCGACGCCAGCUGCUGCAGCAAGAGCACGAGAGUCUCACAAGAACGGCUUGGCAAAACGCAGCUGAGUUGUACCACCUCCAGGCUUUGAUGGAGAAGAUCGAAGGAAGGAAACUCACAGAGACCGAGGUCGUGCAGCUCCUCAAAAGUAAACACCUGAUGACAGCCCAGAAGGGCCAGAGCGCCAUGGAGAAUUCCAACUACUGCGAGUGGAAUUUCACAGCGGCGAAGACAAUCUUCGCAAAGCUUCAAUCUGACCAAGUCAUCAGCGACAUUGUCCAGAAACAAGAAUGUUUGAAAGGCUCCGACUCUUGCUUCAACAGCUUGGUAAAGUUGGAAAAGUUGGCUCAGCGACCCAGUUGUGUCGCUUCUCGUCGAUUCAUCUUCCAGUUGAUUGACGACAUGCUGUGCCAUGGGGUCCUGAAGGACGAUGAUUUGAACAAGAACAGCAUGGUCGGCAAUUCGAACAAUGUUGGCCUCAUCCACUUGUUUGAGUUCAAGUGGCGCAGUCUCAGCUACAUUUUGGACAUCAUGGCUGUUCAGGCCAAGCUCGCGGACAAGGAUCGGGCGCUGCUGAAGGAACACCUGUCAGACCCCAAGGCCGCCAGGGAGAACACUGUUGACCAUGUCAGUUGGCAAGCUGGUUUGUCAAAGGCUUCCCUGGAAGCCUUGACCUACAUCCAGGAUGUGGUCUUUCUGAAGACCUAUGACAAUUUGAUCAAACAAGCCAUGAAGCCCAACUCCCACCCGGAGAUCCUGAAUGAGAUCGAGACAGUGCAGGAAGUCUGGAAGGUUGUUUGCAACUUGCGGGACAACGAGCUUGCAGAAGACAAAGCUGCCUCGAAAGCCCUGGAGAACCAGAGUGGAGACGAAGAGGAUGUGACCAGCGAAGCGCGAGGACACAGUGACCUUUUGAAGAUGGCCCGUAAAACGCCCAAUACUUUGCCACAAGGCUCUCCCCAGUACUGGAAGGCGGUCGCCAACCAGACUGUGAGGAUGUACUGUUGCUUCGUGCCUGAGAGCGCCACUGCUGCAAACAUGCUGACCACCAUGGAGCAGCAGAACCUUUCCCCAGGAGAAGUGGGGAAGUCGUGCACCCUGGUUCACUUAGACACCAGUUUGUUGGGUGAGAGUACCGGUCCAGAAUGCCAGGAGGGCUUGAGGAAGGUCUGGCGACCUGACGAGGCGAUCGUGCAGAAGUUGCUUGGCUCUACCCUCGUCGCCCUUGGUGCCCAGCAGGACAAGAGCGGCAAGUGUGGCGCACCUGGUGAAGGAACUGUGGCUGCUGUGCUUGACCCUCUAGGAGUGGUGCCAAAGACUUUCUUCAAAGAUGCUUGCAGCCAGACGGUGUGGGUUUGCUUCAACGAGGAAAGCAUUCGCGCAAGGAAGAAGAAAGUUCGAAGCCAUAGCUACACCCAACGUUUGGAGCUUACACUCUACUCCGAGAAGUCCUUGAGUGUGAUCCUGCCUGAGAAGGCCCGCCAGGUGUACUCUGGUUGGUCCUCUGGACAUGCCAUCGCCUUUGUGACAGCGUUACCUCCUGCCCAGCUGUGGAAGAUGAGCAGGAAAGACAAGGUGGAUCUGCUGAGCGCAAAGAGGAUUGUCUCUGUGGAAGGCAAGGGCCCUGCUGACUUGGAGGCGCACGAGACUUGCUUCAGCUGCAGCCUGGCCCCUUCCGAGUUUUACACCGAGUUGAUUCAUUCAUACUGCGCCUCCAGUGUGAUUGAUGCCUCGCCUGCUCAAGGGGAGUUCCUCAAGGCUUGCUUGUCCAACCGGACCAAGGCAGUGGCGAUCUGUGGCACUGAGAGCCACUGUGCUUGUCUGGAACUCUUGUUGACAGACUACGUCCUUGGUGAGCUGUCCCGCGAAGGAUCGACUUUCUUUCGCCCUGAUUCUGUGAGCAAAGACGAUGAAGAGGACAAGCAAGGCACCGGACCCAAGAAGGAAGCUGAACCCAAGAAGAAACAGCCGAAAAGAAAAGCAGGAGAAGUCGAGGAGCCUCAGCCCAAGAAAGGACGGGGCAAGCCCAAGAAGGUUGAGAAAGGGGAAGGCGGGGAGGAAGAGGAGGCUGAGGAAAAGCCCAAAAAGAAAAACAAGAAGGAUGCAGAGGAGCAUGAGGAUGGCGAGGAGUCAUCUGAGCUUUGGUGA